GCUAUAAAUAUCUCCAAAACCAAGAUAAAUUUCAGAGGAACCUGGUUCAGAUUAGAAGCAGAGAAGAACACAACUGGGAACAACAGGUCUCAUAUACUCACAUAUAUAUAUAUAAUCAUGGAGCCCAAAAUCAUUCAGAUGGCAGCCCUGGGAAGGGCCCUGUAUCCUGGUAUGCUGUACGAUUGCCGCAGUGAUUCUUUUAUUCCAGGUGUUACUUUAUGGGACAAGAAAGCAUUGCGUAACGAUAUUGAUGUGCAUGACCAGACUAGAACAUUUGUCAAGCUUGCUUCCUCAGACAGCCUCAAUGAAAAGGCAAACCUUCUCGAUGUGAGCGCUUCCCUAAAAGCCAGUUUCUUUUGUGGUUUGGUGGAGGUUGGAGGAUCAGCCAAAUACCUCCAGGAUACCAAAUCCUCAGCACGUCAGUCCAGAGUUACCAUGCAGUACAGCCAGACAACAAAAUUCGAACAACUCACAAUGAAGGAGCUUGGUAAUAUCGCCUAUCCACAAGUAUUUGACCAGAAAACAGCCACUCAUGUAGUUACAGCUGUACUGUAUGGAGCUACUGCUUUCAUGGUGUUUGAUUAUACAAGUUCAGAAAAUGAAAGCAAACAGGAAAUUGAAGGAAACCUUCAAGCAGUGGUUAAGAAGAUCCCUACCAUUUCAAUUGAGGGGCAAGCAUCCCUAACUAUGAAUCAACAAGAAAAGAAACUGUCUGAGAAUUUGAACGUAACAUUUUAUGGUGACUAUGAGCUUGAAGAAAACCCCACCACAUACAAUGAGGCUCUGAAGGCAUGCAAUACGUUGCCCAGUCUGCUGAGGAAAAAUAAUAGUAAAGGUGUGCCACUGACCGUGUGGCUGUAUCCUCUCACACUUUUGGAUUCUAGGGCUGCUAAGUUGGUGAGAGAAAUCAGUUUGAGCCUGGUGUCUAAAACAGAAAAUUUGUUGGAGGAACUCGCUGAAGUACAGAGAAGAUGCAAUGAUUUGAUUAAAAACCCAAUCACAAAUCAUUUCCCUAAAAUAAAGGAAAGGUUGGAACUGUUUCUGGAAUUACUCGGUUAUUAUAAGGUAGCAUUACAGAAGGCACUGGUCAGCGUUUUGCCAGAAAUUCGGAGUGGGGGCAUGGAAGAGAGUGCACUGGGAACCAUCCUGGAGAACCAUUACAAGUCACCAUUUACAGCUACCAACAUGAACAAGUGGUUAGAUAACAUCUUAGCUGAAUUAAAUAUACUGACUGCCUAUACCAGUGGGCUGAAGGACCUGACAGUCGUGACAUCCUCAGGGACAUUUAAUUCCAUCCUGUUUGAUGCUGAUAUUGAUGUGGUGGUGUCCUUUACAUUUACAUCUCUAAAGAAUGAAGACUCAUACCUUAUGGCUAUAGAAGACUUUGUGAACUCUGAAGGGUUUAGUAAUAUGGAGGAAAACUGUGCAAACGUUUGCUCAUACCAAGCGCAACAGCCUUGGUUUGCGUCUCCUGAUAUUUCUGCAAGGAUGAGGCAGAAUCUUUCACUCUUUACAAGUUUUUACAAGGCCAAUAAAAAUGAGCAGAGAAUCAAGUGCAUCAUUGCAUCCAUAUCUGACCCCAGCACUCCAGGAACCGCGAUUCAACUUUAUCAAAAUGGCGCUCUGACAGAUCCUAACUUCCAGCCCGUAUCCAAGCCUGCUUUUCCUUUGGUGGAGACCAGUGAUGGGAAAGUCACCCUGAAGCUUUCAAAAUCCCCAACUGGAGAGACGGUACAGUUCAGAGUUGAGUACAGGAAUACCCAGCCAACUGAUUCAGCAGCUGAUGCUGCCGCAUGGAAAGUCAUCAAGACUCCAGACGCAAUGACCAGCGUUAACUUGACUGGAAUAAAGAAAGAAGAACAAAACUGGGUCCGAUACUCAGUUAUUGGUAGAGUGGGAGUGAGUGAAGUCAGCGACUAUGUCCCUUUCAUGUUAGCAGGGAAGGUCGAUUUCACAGUGAGCAACUGGGGCAUCUCCACACCUGACCUCAGUAAUAAAAUAAGGAACAAAAUUAUGACCAAUAUGGGAAUGUCACGGUGGUCAACCUCUAUUAUCAAAUCAGAAAUUAAAAAUCCUAUCAGUAGUCCUAGCAUUCCUUACACUGGCCCAAUUACUGGAGGCAUGAAAACCGGAAUGGCCUUCUAUAUCCAAGGGACGGCUCUGUCAACAGGACAAUCCUUUGAAACGAAUCUUAUAGCCGGGACAAGGGAAGCUGGCGAUGUCACUCUUCACAUGUUUGUGACUUUUGGUGAAUCAAUGCUCUUCAGCACCCGAAGGGGUCAGACCUGGGACAACGCAGAACGCUUAACAUGGUCUCCCAUUACCAAAGGAUCAGCCUUUGAUAUAUUUUUUGUGAUCAACCCAGAAGGCUGGGAGGUAUAUAUAAAUGGGCAGAAGAUUUACCUGUUCAAGCAUCGCCUGCCAGUGGAGAAAGUGAAUACAGUUCACAUUUAUGGAGACACCGUCAUUAACGUCAUGGGAACUGUUGCGAAUUGGAGCUUUUCUACUUUUGGAAAGGAACUAGCCUCUGGCACCUCACGUACAGUGAACUCUAGCAUCCAGUCUGAUGUGCCGUAUCCAGUCAGCAACCCUAAAAAAGCUUACACUGCAAAACUCCCAGUACCUUUAAGACCUGGUGUGGCUUUGUUCUUCCAAGGGGUUGUUCCUUCAGGUUACGAUUGCUUUGCAAUAAAUCUGAUGGCGGACAAUGACAUUGCUUUCCACUUCAACCCCCGAAAGAAUGCAGUGGUCUAUGACAGCUGCAGAAAUGGCACAUGGGAAAAAAGCAUAGAAAAUCCAGGAGGCCCAUUUGUCAGUGGCGGAGCCUGCGAUAUCUUGUACUUUAUUAAUUCAACAGGCUAUGAGAUAAUUGUGAAUGGCCUCCCGCUCUCUACGUUCAGUCACCGUUUUCCAAUUGAGAAAGUGAAUAACAUUCAGAUCAUUGGAGACAUCUUCAUGAACAAUUUUGCCACUCUUGAAGUUGGCAAGAUUAAUAUUAAGGCCAUGGUUCCUGCCAAUAUUUGAGGAUUCCAAAUCGCCACUGAAGAUCUGAAUACAUGAGACACAAAAUUAGAGCUUAUUUCGUUUUGCUCUGUGCUCAAGUAUAUUAGAAAUUAUUCAUGGACAGUUCAUGGACACAAUUUGUCUCGCAGCAUGCUCAUGAGGGUUUUGUUUUCUUUUUACUGUUAGAAAUGAACACGCUAUAUAUUCUAUGCUACCUUAUAUUUUACCUUUUAUUUAAAUAAUAUAGACGGUUUGCAUUAGUCUAUACAUACAGACAAUUUGCAGCAGAAAUUAUACAAGUAAUCUUUAGAUAACGUCCCAUUUAAACCCAUUUUCCUAAGGUUUAGAUAAAGAUCCAGUGCAAGGAAAGGUAUGUAUUUUAGAGUUCUUCAAGUUUCCCAUGAUUUAGAAAAAUAAAAACACAAAAGUCAAUCUGGCAGAAAUUAGCAAAAACCCCACGCUUAAUUGUUUUGCUUCAUACCACACACAAGAAAAUGAGGUUAAACGUAUUAUUUGCUUCCUUUAUUUCACUGUUUAGCAUCUUUUCUGUUUCCAUUCCACCUUAAUUACUGUUGUAAUACAAUUUAGGUCCUCUAGAGGUCCUUGCUCCCUUCUUUAAAAAAAAAAAAAAAAAUUGCUGUACGUGAAAUAUUAUUAAACAUCACUGAAUAAGCCAAAUGUAUUAUGAUAUGAUUUUUUGUUAUAAUGAAUUAAAAGAAACGAUCUACUUCUUGCUUAAACCACUGUAACAACAUACUGGUCAUAGUCACUGAAUAAAUACUCAAAA